CCUGCAGCAGAGGAGUCGAGCGUCAGUUGAAAACAGUCUGCCGGAGAUGUAGGAGUGUUCGUGUGUGGUGGAGUUUGUGUCGGAAAUGAACAGUGCUGCCUUACAUAGGAAAGAUGUAAGGCGUAUGUCGCUGGACUUUUUGUAACUCUGACUCAAGUAUGAAGCUAAACGUAUUAGAUUCCAUACAUUCAAUGAGUGAACCAUGUUUCAUAUUCAUUAUGUGAUAAAUGAAUGUACGUCAAACAUGGCCUUUUGCGAAAGACAUUGUUUCUGGAUUAUGACAUACACGUGAUCAUCUUGAUACCGCUAACAUAACUCGAAAUUAUUUCUGCUUUACAAGUGCGUGUGUGGUUACAAACAUGUAUUUCGUAUCUAAUGGCGACUGUAUACGGCAGUAUUGACAUUGUGGUUGAGUGUUAAUUCGGCGAAGAUGCUGAUCCGUGUUCUGAUCUUCUCGACUUUAGUCCUCGCAGUUAACUUGGUUGCUGGAAUAUUUGCCAAGGACCAGAUCAGUCAAGAUUUCAGCCCGAAGAACCAGCAUGAUUUCUACAUUAAAGGUGAAACGCCGAGGAUUUCGACGCUUCUACGUGGAUCAACUCGAUAUACUGAUUCAUUCGGAACGCAAAGAGACUCGACAGAUUUACUAAAGAAACCAAAGAUUACAAAACGAUUCGCCAGAGAAGAUGGGGGAGCUCAGGGCGAUGAGGAAAACAACUUGACGCGACUGCAUAGCAGACGCCGCUCGCUUCUGCGCGAUGAAGUGCGAAGGACUGAGUCCCAGAAAUCAAUUGCGGGUGUCAGACGGCGGUAUCAGCGCUUGAAGUCCGCUGAUAAGGGUAAAGAGAGCCUUGAAGCUGAGGAAUCAGCACAUAGAGUGCCAGAUAGAACACAGGCCACUGUAUCUGUAGCAGGUUUGACUACAUCCUCGGACAACGAGGACUUCAAUCAUGAAAAUAGAACUGUUAAUGAGAACAAUAACAUCUUUGAGAGACGAGAGAUACGAGAAAACGAGACAGACGUAAAGAAGGAGACGAUUGCAGAUAAAGUUGUCAGUACUGUGACGACUAGAGUUGAACACAAGGAGCCAUCAGCACAGCCACUGAAGACAAAUGUAACAUCAGCAGUUUCUGAGUCUCAGAAUGAUUCGUCAUCUCUCAGGAAGCGACGACCACCAACUGUGAUCCGCCAUGAGACACAGGCGUCUCCGUUACCCGUCGCGUCGGCUCUCACAAUGUCUGAGUCACUGUACAACCAUUUCCACCCUCUGGAUGAAGAUGUGCCUGAAGAUCACCGUUUGCCAUUUUUAAACUUCGGUAAGAAAUUAGUUCCUGUGAGUGUAAAAACUACAUCACCAGUCUCUAGUUCAUCUUCCACACGCAGCACGAACUCUAUCGAGGCUGUGAGUACGUCUCCACGGACACCACCAGUUGGACACUACAAUCAGUUAAGCACUACACCACAGAAAGUCUUGUCGGCGAACACACCUGCAGUACACAUUGCAAGGGAAGAAGAAAUCCAUGAGGAUAUGGAUGUUUCCGUAAUGAAGUCUGUAGUCGAGAAGAAUAAGGUAUCAAGAAAUAGGGGAAAUUCACCGCAAUCUCUCAGAAAUUUGGGUGGACUUUAUCGGAAACAAGAAACCUCGACUCAAAAUAUCGCAGCUAAUCCAGCGACUGUUUUCAUCGCUUCUCCAUCGUCAACAGAGAACAGCGCAUUCAUAGCCGAGCAAGUCACACGGAAUAAUUCCGAAUCUGAUAAAAACAUUAGAAAGAAAAUGGAAUCCCUUCAUCAUCCUUCAACGGUCAGUUCUACUGAAGCUCUGCCUAUUCCAAAGGGAACUCAGAGGAUGUCAGAUUCGGGCAUUCAUUCUACAACAAAUCGGCCUGACGCUUCCGUAAAUGAUGAGUCUAAGGUUACAACUUAUUUAUCAUCACAUCAUAAAUAUUAUAAUGUAACGACACAAAUUUCUGAGAUUUCCAAUCCUGCUUCCCCUACGAGCCAAUCUGCCAUACCGACACAGCUCUCGGCAUCGAGUUCACGUAUUGAAGCUACUGUAUCGACUCCGUUUGCGAGAGGACGGCCGUUCCCAGCUACAAGGAAUAUCACAUCGUUAAUUCUUCCCAACAGGAGACCACUUCACAGUUACCAACAUCUUUACAGACACACAAGUGCCGUAUCAAAAUCAUCAAAACCUCCAGAAAGCACAUCAAAAUCAAACAACAUUUCCGUUUACAGUGAGAAUAAAACUUCUUCUGAGAAAGAAGUAAAUUUAACAAAUACUUCUCUUACAAAUAAUUCAAACGAAAAGUCUCCCGCAUUAACAUCGUCGAUUCCUUUACAAAUAAAAUGGGCUUCACCUAACAGCCACACUGAAAGGAAGGAGUUUGUACAUGGUAACACUUCAGGCGUUGAAAGCAAAUUUAACAUUUCUGAAGUAAUCAGUGAUGAAGAGAAGUUAAUUGCAAAUCCAAAGGAACGGUAUACUGAGAGAAAGCCACUAACCAAAUCGAAUGCAAGUUUAUUUGAAGACACGGUGAAUAAACCUGGUAGGAAUAUUACGUCAGAAUUAUCGAUAGAAAGUGUAACUACUAAAUUAAUUACAAGCACAUCCCCACAAUCUAGUCAGACAAAUAUAACUGUCCCAACAGAAUUACCAUCCGUCACAACAUCCGUGCAAUCACCAACAACAAAAAUAUUAUCUACUGCCGUUGUCACUUCUGUAUCAAUUAAGGGAGCCUGGCCAAUAAUGGUUACUGAAACUCCUCCUUUAGAACAGACCCUGAGUCCACCACAAACUUAUACGUCACGGGAUACGAAGAACGAACGUCAGGAACAUGUAUUAGAACCGCCUGGACGGUACGACACAAACGGAACCCAGUUACAUGUUAACGGAUCUGCCACACCUAAAAUACGUCACAUAAAUGGAUCUGCCGAUGGGUCACUUUCACGCGAGUUUCCGAGAAAUAUUGCGACAACAGACACAUCUUCUGGUGGUAACUCCACCCCUACCGAUAUACACAAAGAGGGGGAUGUUUUCUCAAAUAAGUCAUCCGAUGGUAACUCUACUCCCACCAGUAUUCACAAAGAAGGGGAUGAUAUCUCAAAAAACCAUAAGUUUACAGCUGCUAUGAAAGACAUAACCUCAAAUAUCACAGAGACCUCACAUAUUGUAACUGAAAAUGGACAAAGUGACAACAGUACGACAAUUUCGGGCAACAAAAUCGAUAUUGAUCAAUCCAGUGAACCUACAAUAUUUGCAGGAAGAGGCACUGUAAAAAUUAUGAAAAAAACAAACGGAUCGGCAACGGAGACAGCAGGAAGCCCAGAUGAGACUCUUAAGGGAAAUAGUAGUAACCCUGCACGGUCACCUACCCGUACGUCCAAACCUGUAGGACGUAAUUAUAGGAACCGUACUGAUACGCCCACGACGCAUACUUCGCCAGAAAACCAAACGAAAACUGUAGACGUGGCCCCACGGCCUACCCUUUCUGCACCAAGCACAGUUACAACAAAUUCCCCAGCACCGGAUUCAGAAUUUGAUUUCCCGUUAUUAAAACUGUACAAUGCAUCAACUGUGUGGUCUGCUCCCCCGAGAGGAGUUACGAAAUCUCCAGGCGAGUCAAGUAAAUCCGCCACUGAGUAUCCACCAACAGGAAACGGAAGUGUAACACACAGAGCAGAGCCAGAGGUUAACAUUACGGAGGCCACUACUCGAGAAAUCGGUGUGGUUGACGAGGUAACAAAAGCGACAGAAAGUGUUAAUGCUACCGGCGACAUUUCUGAAGAUGAAAGUAGAAAAGACGCCGCGGGUAAAGACGGAGAGGAAGGAACGUGGGCCGAUACAGAAGCAAAUGUUACGGAGAGCUCUGCUUCUGUGCCAAGUGGUGGGGUGAACCUGUCCUUGGGUGUAGGGAAAGUCUUGUCCGGGAACAAUACGACAACGGGAAGUCCGCGCCCUGGGGAGAGUGUGGCGACGACGCAGGGCGUCAGCGUCGCUGUCUACGUCAUCUCGGCGUUAGGCGUCGUGCCCUUAACCAUUGGAAUCGCCUUUGCGGCAAGAUACUGCCUUCGGAGGAGGAGAAAAUUGUUGGAUGACACGGACGCCUAUUCCGACGUCAGUAGUCGCAGAGGUGCCCGAAAUGGAGGAGGACAAACCGGAAGUGAUGUAGGCUCUCCUGUUUCCGGUACUAAACUACCCAGAGUUCACACUCAUCUGAGUUGGGAUCAGGAGAAGUCGACUUCGACUCUUAUUCCUGUAUCGACUACUAGAUGGGAGUUUCCUCGCUCGAAACUCCGAUUGCAGACCGUUUUGGGUCAAGGGAACUUUGGACAGGUUCUCAAAGCAGAGGCAGAUGACAUAAGUGGCCAUGAGGGAACAACUCGCCUAGUGGCUGUGAAGACCGUAAAGGAGGGGGCAUCUUCCCAGGAAAAGGAAGAUCUACUUCGUGAGCUGGAGAUCAUGCAACAGCUAGGCUCCCACACCAAUGUUGUAACUCUCCUGGGUUGCUGCACUGAGAAGGAACCUUACUUGCUGAUCAUGGAGUAUGUGAUGUAUGGCAAACUGCUGGCAUUUCUUCGUGACCGCCGCACCAGACAACAUUACUACAACUUCUCUGAAGACUCUGAUGCACUGACCUCACGAGACCUCACAGUAUUCGCCUACUGUGUGUCAAGAGGGAUGGAAUAUCUUGCCUCCAAAGGGAUCAUCCAUCGAGACCUGGCAGCAAGGAAUGUCUUGGUAGACCACAACAAGAUGUGCAAGAUUGCAGAUUUUGGCAUGUCCAGGAGUGUGAGAGAGAUGGGCGACAUGUAUGAACAGCGACACACCAAGGGAGCUCUUCCUAUUAGAUGGAUGGCACCAGAAUCAUUACACUACAGAGUAUUCACUCACAAAUCUGAUGUGUGGAGUUUUGGGAUACUGAUGUGGGAGAUCGUCACGCUUGGGUCAACGCCAUAUCCCACCAUGGGUGCUCGUGAAGUAAUGCGACGUGUAAGGGAUGGUUACCGACUGGAACGCCCUAGCCAUUGCCGUACUGAACUGUUCAGAGUCAUCUCCAGGUGUUGGCAUGCCGAUCCCAACAAGAGGCCAGACUUUGCUGCUCUGAGGCAUGAAAUUGGAGCUCUGAUAGAGGCUAGCAAAGAUGGAGGAGGUUAUGUUGAUUUGGAGAGCUUUGCUGAAUCAAAUAAAUAUAGUUACAGCAGGAGUGAAGAUCAGUCUUCACAUCAUUAUCACCACAAUCAUCAUCACCAUCACCAUCCAGGAUCGGCAUCAGUUGCUCUUGGAAGUCGCGUUACUGGUGAUGAGGAAAUACUAAAUAUGUGACAUGAUGCCAUCUGGGUGUAACAGCAUGGUCAUACACCCAUCAGUCAAGGAAUGCUCCACACAUACUGUCAUGUUUUAGGUGUGUGUGACAGUAGAUGGGGUUUGAAUUGAUGAAUGGAUUUAUUGACUGCUUUAAGGUUGUACUACAAAUAAUUAUAACACUAUCGCU